GGCGGGGCUGCCGUCAGGCGCCGCUUUGCGACAGCGGCAGCCGCUCGCCGCGCCGGGCCGGGCCGGGCCGGGCCCCGGGUGCCGCCGCCGCCCCCGCCGCGCAGGUGUGAGAGCAAAAUGGCAGGAAACAGCCUGGUGCUGCCCAUUGUUCUCUGGGGUCGGAAGGCUCCCACCCACUGCAUAUCAACGCUGCUGCUAAUGGAUGACGUGUCCAUGAUCGUCACGGGCUGUCAUGACGGACAGAUAUGUCUCUGGGACCUCUCUCUAGAUUUAGAAAUUAAUCCCAGAGCUCUGCUGUUUGGUCACACAGCCUCAAUUACGUGUUUAUCAAAGGCCUCUGCUUCCAGUGAAAAGCAGUACAUAGUGAGCGCCUCGGAGAGCGGGGAGAUGUGUCUGUGGGAUGUGAAUGAUGGGAGAUGCAUAGAGUUUACGAAGCUAGCCUGCACGCACACUGGCAUACAGUUCUAUCAGUUCACAGUCGGGACUCAGCGUGAAGGGAGACUGUUAUGCCAUGGACACUAUCCAGAAAUUCUUGUUGUGGAUGCCACCAGCCUUGAAGUUCUUUAUUCUUUGUUAUCAAAGAUAUCUCCCGACUGGAUCAGCUCCAUGACUAUCAUUAAAUCCAAUAGAACACAAGAGGAUACUGUUGUAGCAGUUUCAGUGACUGGCAUCCUGAAAGUAUGGAUAAUAACCUCUGAAGUUAGUCGCAUGCAGGAUACCACACCAAUAUUUGAAGAGGAGUCAAAACCUAUUUAUUGUCAGAACUGUCAAAGCAUUUCUUUCUGCACAUUUACCCAGCGGUCGUUGUUGGUAGUGUGCUCCAAGUACUGGAGGGUUUUUGAUGCUGGAGAUUAUUCCCUUUUAUGCUCACUCCCUAGUGAAAAUGAACAGACCUGGACCGGUGGCGACUUUGUGUCAGCUGACAAAGUGAUUGUUUGGACAGAAGAUGGACAAAGUUUCAUAUAUAAAUUACCACCCAGCUGUCUACCAGCUAGUGAUUCAUUUCGCAGAGAUGUGGGAAAAGCAGUAGAAAAUCUAAAUCCUCCUUUACUGUACAGCGUAUUGGACAGAGCAGAUAAACAGUUACUUAUAUGUCCCCCAGUUACUCGAUUCUUCUGCAGACGUAGGGAGUUUUCCUAUAAGCUGCUAAUCCAAGGAGACUCUUCAGGAAGACUGUGUAUUUGGAGUGUGCCUGAAAAUCUUGAACAACAAGAUAGUGCAGAAGGACUGCAAACAACAACUUCAAUAUCCCUCCAGGAAGCUUUUGAUAAACUCACUCCUCGCCCAGCUGGGAUUAUAGACCAACUAAGCUUAAUACCAAACUUCAGUGAACCACUUAAAGUUACAGCCAGUGUGUAUAUCCCAGCACAUGGGCGUUUGGUCUGUGGUCGGGAGGAUGGAAGCAUUGUUAUUGUGCCAGCAACACAAACUGCUAUAGUUCAGCUUUUGCAAGGAGAGCAUAUGCUUCGGAGAGGUUGGCCACCUCACCGGACUCUCAGAGGCCAUCGAAACAAAAUUACAUGCUUACUGUAUCCUCACCAGGUUUCUUCUCGUUAUGAUCAAAGGUAUUUGAUCUCAGGUGGUGUGGAUUUCUCAGUCAUCAUGUGGGAUAUAUUUUCUGGAGAGAUGAAACAUAUCUUCUGUGUACAUGGUGGAGAAAUUACACAGCUUCUAGUUCCACCAGAAAACUGUAGUGCAAGAGUCCAGCACUGUAUUUGCUCCGUUGCCAGUGAUCACUCGGUAGGUCUUCUGAGUCUGCGGGAGAAAAAAUGCAUCAUGCUGGCAUCCCGUCACCUUUUCCCUAUUCAAGUAAUAAAAUGGAGGCCUUCUGAUGACUACCUGGUAGUGGGAUGUUCAGAUGGGUCUGUGUACGUCUGGCAAAUGGAUACUGGUGCGCUGGACAGGUGUGUGAUGGGAAUAACAGCAGUAGAAAUCCUGAACGCCUGUGAUGAGGCAGUUCCAGCGGCUGUGGACUCCCUCAGUCAUCCCGCUGUCAACCUGAAGCAGGCCAUGACUCGGCGUAGCCUGGCUGCUCUGAAAAACGUGGCACAUCAAAAGCUGCAGACUCUUGCCACUAACCUGCUAGCUUCUGAAGCAUCUGACAAAGGGAAUUUACCUAAAUAUUCGCAUAACUCCCUGAUGGUUCAAGCUAUAAAGACAAACUUAACAGAUCCAGACAUACACGUGCUCUUCUUCGAUGUAGAGGCCCUGAUUAUUCAGCUGCUGACCGAAGAGGCCUCGAGACCCAACAGUGCACUCAUUUCUCCGGAGAAUUUGCAGAAGGCAUCUGGCGGUUCUGACAAAGGAGGCUCCUUUUUGACUGGCAAACGAGCAGCCGUCCUCUUCCAGCAGGUCAAGGAGACGAUCAAAGAGAAUAUCAAAGAGCAUCUUCUCGAUGAUGAGGAUGAGGAUGAAGAAUCAAUAAGGCAGAGAAGAGAAGAUGGUGACCCAGAGUAUCGCUCUAGCAAAUCUAAACCAUUAACUUUAUUAGAGUAUAAUCUAACCAUGGAUACAGCAAAGCUUUUUAUGUCUUGUCUUCAUGCCUGGGGCUUGAAUUCUGUUCUAGAUGAGCUUUGCCUUGAUCGCCUGGGGAUGCUUAAGCCGCACUGUUCGGUGUCCUUUGGCCUCCUGUCUAGAGGUGGCCACAUGUCUCUGAUGCUUCCCGGUUACAAUCAGUCUGUAGGUAAACCAUCCUAUGAGGGCAUGGAGCUGGGAAGGAAAAUGUCCAUUACAGAAGGACUCGGAAAGGGGACAUACGGAGUAUCGCGUGCUGUCACCACUCAGCACCUCCUGUCUGUCAUCUCGCUGGCAAACACGCUGAUGAGCAUGACUAAUGCAACUUUUAUUGGAGACCACAUGAAGAAAGGCCCAACCAGGCCGCCUCGGCCUGGCACUCCAGAGAUGACAAAAGUGAAGGCACCUCCUUCGAUGUCAAGUCAUGCAGCUCAAGGACAAAUUAAGCAAGGGUGGAGCCAGCUGGCUGCUAUGCACUGCGUGAUGCUCCCCGACCUGCUGGGGCUGGACAAGUUCCGACCUCCUCUCCUGGAGAUGCUGGCCCGCCGGUGGCAGGACCGGUGCCUGGAGGUAAGAGAAGCUGCCCAGGCCUUAUUGCUAGCAGAACUGAGAAGAAUCGAACAGGCAGGUCGGAAAGAGACAAUUGAUGCGUGGGCUCCAUAUUUGCCACAGUACAUUGACAGUGUUAUAUCACCUGGGGUAACCACGGAAGCCAUUCAAACUGCUACGGCAAGCCCAGAUGCGUUGGGAACAGAGGCAAAAGUUCAAGAGGAAGAGCACGAUCUGGUUGAUGAUGACAUCACGGCAGGUUGCCUGUCUGGUCUCCCGCAGAUGAAGAAAAUCUCUACCUCUUACGAAGAGCGCAGGAAGCAAGCUACUGCCAUCGUCUUGCUGGGGGUGAUCGGGGCAGAAUUUGGAGCUGAAAUUGAGCCUCCCAAACUCCUGACUCGGCCACGUAGCUCUAGUCAAAUUCCUGAGGGAUUUGGUUUAACUAGUGGUGGAUCGAAUUAUUCCCUGGCGAGGCAUACGUGCAAGGCAUUGACGUUUCUGCUGCUGCAGCCGCCGAGCCCCAAGCUGCCCGCGCACAGCACCAUCCGCAGAACUGCCAUCGACCUGAUCGGCCGCGGCUUCACCGUCUGGGAGCCCUACAUGGACGUCUCUGCUGUGCUCAUGGGUCUUCUGGAGCUCUGUGCCGACGCCGAGAAGCAGCUUGCUAACAUCACAAUGGGGCUGCCCCUGAGCCCGGCAGCCGACUCUGCCCGCUCGGCGCGACACGCUCUCUCGCUCAUCGCCACCGCCAGACCACCCGCCUUCAUCACCACCAUUGCCAAGGAGGUGCACAGGCACACCGCCCUGGCUGCAAACACGCAGUCUCAGCAGAAUAUUCACACCACCACUCUUGCUCGGGCUAAAGGAGAGAUCUUACGAGUCAUUGAAAUACUAAUUGAGAAGAUGCCUACCGACGUUGUGGACCUUCUUGUGGAGGUUAUGGACAUCAUCAUGUAUUGCCUUGAAGGAUCUUUAGUUAAGAAGAAAGGUCUUCAGGAAUGCUUUCCAGCCAUCUGCAGGUUCUACAUGGUCAGCUAUUACGAGCGGAGUCACAGAAUAGCAGUUGGAGCUCGCCAUGGUUCAGUGGCCCUCUACGACAUCCGGACUGGGAAAUGUCAGACGAUCCAUGGUCACAAAGGGCCCAUAACUGCAGUGGCUUUUGCUCCCGACGGCCGGUACCUCGCCACCUACUCCAACUCCGACAGCCACCUCUCCUUCUGGCAGAUGAACACGUCCCUGCUGGGCAGCAUCGGCAUGCUCAACUCCGCGCCGCAGCUGCGCUGCAUCAAGACGUACCAGGUGCCGCCCGUGCAGCCGGCCUCCCCCGGCUCGCACAACGCCCUGCGGCUGGCCCGCCUCAUCUGGACCUCCAACCGCAACGUCAUCCUCAUGGCUCACGACGGCAAGGAGCACCGCUUCAUGGUCUAGGGGAAGCCGCCCGCGCUAGAAAUACAUUUCUGUUUCCAACCUCCGUGUAACUCUCCCUCUUUCUUUGUCUCUGUGCUCCACACACCGAUCGCCCCCCAGCGCCCCACGGACUGGCCAGGCCGCGGCGGCUCGGCCCGGCUCGGCUCCGCCGGGCGGACACGGACACGGACACGGGGUGGUUUCUCCCCGCGGCAGGGAGAGGAUGGCUUCUGGGGAGGUCCCGGUGGCUCGGUGCAGCAGCAGCAGGAGACCCAGUCACGCCUUGACCGCGCUCCGAGGCCUGGGCAGUGGCUGCAGGCAUCACCCCGGGCUCCUUCGCUGGGGGCCGAGCCCACGCGGCAGCCUCCUUAAACACGCUCGCGGAACCUCAGUGUUUACCAAAAAGGCUGUGUUUACACGGACUUUCUUCUAGUGACCACUGAAUGAUCGCUGGGUGACGCCUCUUAGAGCUAGCGUGUUAAUGAGGGCCUAAUUAACUCGGGAUCGUGAGGAAUUGAGUGUGCAGGAGUGAGUGGCCUCUGCUCUGAGCUGAGGGGUCACGUUUCCUCAUGAAAAGACAGAGGUUUUGAGUUGGAAGUGCUGCUGUGCUCAGUCGUUGCUUGCUGUCGUCUGGAAGAAAGAGUAACAAUCCACAUGUAAAUAUUAAAAAUCUCUCUAAGAUGGAAUAGCAAACUUGAACAAAGGAGUAUUUGUAUAUAAAGGUGUUUUUUGCUACCAGUGAAGGUAUUUAUUUAAAAAAAGAGAGAGAGAUAAUAAGCUUUUUCUUCCAAAAGCCGCUCCCGUUUGUGCUGGACCCUGCGUGGAAAGCAGGCCGUGCGCGCUUCAUGGGCUGGCCUCGCCGAGAGACUGGGGGGAAACACCCCCUGGAGGGUGACAGCACAAAUGUCACUGGUGGUUAGCAAUUCGGGCACAAAAAAUUGUGAAAAAUAGGUAAGUUAUUUGAGUGGAUGUAUGGAAACAAUUUCUUCAGCAGGAAUAUUCCUAUGUAACGUUAGCUGUGACUGUGUUUCCUUCUUACAUAUCUAAUUUUAUGAAAUAUUUAAUCGUGUGAAAGUACGCUGGUUUAUGCUCACAGUAAAGAAAAAAAUCUAUAAAAUACUAUUUUAUUUAAACAUAUUGAUGUAUAUGUUUGUAUAGCUUUUUCUUUGCCGUUUUUGUCUGAAAAGCUCACAGAAAUAAGAAGGCUGUCUUUACAUGGUAAAGUAAAAAUGGUACUCAUAGAAUCCUCCCUUCCCCAAAAGGAAUAAAUUAAUUUUUAAAACGGCUUCUAAAUUUAAAAAGCAUUGAUUUUUUUUUUUAUUAUUUUAUUUUAGGUGGUCUAUGUAGUACACUGUAUAUGAAAGUGAGGUUUACAGUCCAGAAGCUACAUAUCUGUUUGCUGUUUAAAAAUUUAAAAAUAAAAAAGCGCAAGAAAUUAAGACCAUUAGGAAUGUUUAACAAACUGCCGUAAAAUUUAUUCUCCGUAUCUGGCGGGAAUGUAGAAUAUAGUAGAGAACUCUGUCGUAGAAUAUCAGGGUCUUUUCUAAGUGAACUAAUGCAAUGUGCAUGUAUAUUGUGUUUAUAAAGAUAUAUAUGUAACCUUGAUGAUCAAAGAAAAAAAGAAAGCUGACAGAGGCUUCCACCUAUGGACUGAAACGCGGUAAUAUUCGCUUUAGGCGUAUGAGGGAGGCGUUAGGGUACACUGCAAGCAUUCCCAGAGGUAUUCCAGGAUCCGACCCCAUCAGUUUCGUUAGGGUACAUCUCCAGAUGUAUGUGUUUACUUUCAGAAACAAACUGCGGCCCUGGUGGGAACAGCGGGCCGUAGCCCUCCAGUGAUUUCCUUUGUGGUACAGUGAACAAACAUCUUGAAUUAUAUAUGCAUUAAAAUGUUUGUUUUAAGGUAGAAGUGUAAUGGAUUUUCUAAAGUGCGAAGGAGAGGCAGCCAUUUUCCUCCCAGUCCUGCAAACCAAGCAGCAGAGGCGCUGACAGCGAGCGGUCCGGCGGUGGAGGAGCGUGCUCAGCCCGCGGCGCCCGUCUUCGGGGCAGCCGGGCUUGGUCUGGUCCUGCCCGGCCUGCAGCUCCUGCGGGUCCUCCUGGGAGAGACCUCCCGUUUACCUGCCUAAACACAACCCCUGCUUCGGUGACUUUGUUAGCCCUAGUCCUCAACUUCUUCGCAGCCUCCAUCUCUCAGCACUGCUGUAAAAUUUGUUUUGUCAUUCCGGCGUAAGCUUUUAGUGCUCUAUUGAUUUGUUAGUGCUGUAUUUGGACUUGUCCUUGUAAAUGUGGAGACGUAUGUGGCUUCAUUGGCAGUUUACAAGCAAAAGACGACAUGAUGAGACACCUGUAUGAAAAUGUUGUAAUGAUGGAAGUCACCAUCUGUGGUAAAUGAUUGAAGUGUCUGCCUCCCAAGCAACUUUUGAAUCCACUCCCCAUCUGCUGUAUGUAUUGAACAACCUGGUGUAAAUAUGCUUGUGAAAUAAAACUGAAUUGUAUUGGAGAGUGUUGUUGUUGUGGCAUCAGCCUGAUGGCAUGCGGAUAAUUUCCUGCACUUAUUUUAUGAGCCAGUAAUCUGAAGUUUUUUCAC